AUGGAGGCGAUCGUGUACGAUCUCGUUAAGCCCGAUGAGCUCGAGGCGGCACACAAGCUCGAGGUGGAUGGUUUCCCGGAGGACGAGGCGGGUAGCCUCGAAGCUUUCAGAUUCCGCCAAUCCCAAGCCCCCUCCCUAUUCCUGGGUGCAUACCUCCCCACCACCACCCCACGCACGCUCGUCGGCUACGUCUGUGCGACACGCGCCGCGGGCCCGACGCUCACCCACGACUCCAUGUCCACGCAUGACCCCACGGGCCCCACCGUCUGCAUCCACUCCGUCUGCGUCGCGCGCUCGCACCACCGCCGCGGCGUCGGCGUCCCCCUCGUCCGCGCGUACCUCGCCCACCUCGCCGCCGCGCGCACCUGCGCCCGCGCGGUGCUCAUCACGCACCCCGAGCUCGUGCCCUUCUACACGGCCGCCGGCUUCGCGGACCGCGGGCCCAGCGCCGUCGUCCACGGCCCGCGCCCGUGGGUCGAGAUGUGCGCCGAGUUCAGCGAGUUCGAGACCGUGCCCCCCGCCGUCGUUCCCGACGACUCCGCCGAGCAGGCCGUUGCAACGCAGCUGCCCCCGGGGGUCAGCCAGACGGACGUGCUUGCGGCGCUGCAACGCGCCUCGGCGUCCGCACGCACGCAGCCCACCGCGCGCCUGCUGCCCUCGUUCCCCGGUGGCGUCGCGGACGUGCGCGCGGCGGACGGCGCGAACGCGCACGAUCUCGUCUGCCCGCGCGCCGGCUGCGGGAGCGUCAUCCUCAAGACGGGGGCCGCAGAGCACGCCGCGUCGGCGAGCGUGCGCGUCGAGCCCGAGGGCGCGGGGCUGACGCGGCCGGAGUGCUUGGGCGCGCUGCCCGCGCCGCCGGCGCAGGCAGAGUGGUGGCUCGUGCGCGGGAGCGCGAUGGCGUUCGAGAACAUCGGCUUCUCGCGCCCGGUGCAGGGUCUGAGCGCGCCGGGAGGAGGAAGGAUGAAACUGCUGGCUUGUGCCGAGUGCGACCUUGGUCCAUUGGGGUGGUGCGAAGAGGGAGGGAGAGAGUUUUGGUUGGCGUGCAAUAGGGUCGGGUAUCGCGUUUAG